AUGGCCGAGGGUAGCAGGGGGAAUCAGAUUGUCUCAUCCUCGUACCCUUCUUCUUCUUCUGCCUAUUCUUCCUCGUCCUCCUCUUCCUGUCGCGACUCCUCCAGCAUAACCCAGAUGAGCCAUGAUCAGAUAAUCUCUAUCCUCCAGCUCCUCCCCAUAGAAUCUGUACUCUCCUUCUCCAUGACCUGCAGGAAGUUCAGAUCCUUGGGCUGCUCGGAUGCCCUCUGGGAGUCUAUUUGCAGGAGAGAGUGGGGCAGGGGCCCUGUAGAUACCACGCUGGGGACCUUGUCCUCUGAGAGUAGAGGGCUUUCGUGGAAGAGGCUGUACCAGCAGGUUGCGCAGCUGAGCUCUCUCUCUUACACAAGACUGUCUAGCAGAGAAGGGAUCUUCCCAAAGCCGAGGGGCUCCCACUCCCUCAACUUCGUAUCAGACUGCCUCGUUCUCUAUGGGGGCGGCUGCGAUGGAGGUCGGAAUUCCUUCAUGACUGAUCCUUCUUUUUUACAUGUAUUAUUACCAUUUUUCAUGUUCUAGCACCCUGUGAUGAACAUCUGUCGCUUCGCAUUUUCUUAAUCUUAAUCGGGAAAAUAUGAAAAAUAAACAGGAAUUCUACUAAUUUCUCACUUCAGGGGAGCUUGAGUUUGUGUGGUGCUUUAUCUGCUGGUCCUGUUCGUGCCAAUAGUCUUCACCUUGACCUGAGGGAAGAUAAUGCUAUCUUUUCACCUGAUCAAUCCAUAUUACACCCUGAUCAUGCCGUUAAGAUCCGUAAAUUAUUGAAGAAAUCAUAGUAUUUAAUGAACGAAAUGAGCUCUUGAUUGGCAUGAAACUCUUUUAAUCUUCUUCCAUUGGUUGUGAGGCAUCCCUGGGAGCUCUAUUUGACUCACUGGUGCUGUAAUCGAUGUCUUUAGGAGGAGACGGUAACGCCUAUACUUCUAUAUCUUUCUGUGACUAGGGUUUUGGGUUUUGUUAACGUUGGGGAAGCUUUCUCAUAUGCCCAAUACAUGGUAUCUCAUGUCUACAUGGGCUGCGUUGAAAUCUGUUUGUUCUUCAAUAUUCUGUUAUUUAUUUCACAGUACGUAGAUUGCACUUUUAUUUAUCAAGAAAAUGAAAGCAUAAAUCUUUAGUCAGCAUAACAUUUCAUGCAUCGAUAGACUGCUUCUGUCACUAGCAGGUUCAAUUGCAUCAAUUAGCCGUAUCUUGCUUCUCGAGCAAUUCUCAUCGAUCAAUCAUGUUAUUCAUGUUACAGUAUCUUAGCCUGAUUUAUUUCUCCAAUGUAGGGCGUCAUCUGGAUGAUACAUGGGUCGCAUAUGUUGGCCAGGGGGUCAAGAAUGCUGUUCACUGGAAGCAAGUGAACUCUGGGCAGCCCAGCGGACGCUUCGGGCACACCUGCAUCGUCAUCUCCGACGCGCUCGUCCUCUUCGGCGGCAUCAACGACAACGGCGUCCGCCACAGUGAUACGUGGAUUGGCCGGCUAAGCUGCGAUAUGUCCUCCGAGAUCAAACUGGCAUGGAAGCUGCUGGACGUGGAGCACACAUUGCCACCGCCUCGCGGAGCCCAUGCCAGCUGCAGCUUUGGGGAGGAGAAGAUGAUAAUCCAUGGGGGCAUCGGUCCUGGUGGGCUCCGGCUGAGCGACAUGUGGAUGCUGGACCUGUCGAAUGGAUUCAAGUCCGGGAGGUGGCACCAGAUUGUGACCCCCCAGCCCUCUCCGGCGGCCCGCUCCGGCCACUCCCUGACGUGGGCCGGUGAGUCCAGCAUGGUCCUCUUCGGGGGCCGCGGCACUGGGUAUGAAGCCCUGAAUGACAUAUGGGUACUCGACAUGGAGGGAGAUGGCCCUGAGUGGGUGCAGAUUGCCUGCGAGCGACCGGGCAGUGUGCCGCGGGGAUUGCCACUCCCACGGGUUGGCCACUCUGCUACCCUUGUGCUUGGGGGGAAGGUGCUCAUCUACGGAGGGGAAGACUCCCAGAGGCGGCGGAAGAAUGAUUUCUGGUUGCUGGACCUGAAGACCCUGCUGGCUCUCAGGAGGCGGCUCCAGAAUACGAGCCUGAAGCGGGUGGCCAAGAAGAUGUGGAAGAGGCUCAAGGCUGAGGGCAUGCAGCAGGAUCGGCGGUCCUUCCACGCAGCCUGCGCCGACCAGUCGGGCCGCCGCCUCUUCAUAUUCGGUGGGAUGGUAGACGGCAUCGUGCACCCGGCAGAAGCAUGUGGCCUCAGAUUCGACGGUGGGCUCUUCCUGGUGGAGCUCGUCCUCCAGCUGUAG